AUGUGCACAUUGAAACUAGGUCGAUAUCUUUCGUUUAUAUUUAUUUGUUUUGCAAUCAUUCAUAGCACUGCGCUUGGGUCUUCUUAUAGUAUUCAGCCAACAUUGGGAUGUAUCAUAUCGGAUCAUACAUGGGUUCAGUACUCAACAUAUUUCUUUUAUCCAGUUUUAUCUGGGUUUCUUCCUAUUGUCAUUGCAUCAACAUUUAGUAUCUUAGCUUAUCAUAAUGUUCGUCGUAUAGUUCGACGACAACUGCCAAUUGUUCGUCGUAAACUAGACAAGCAAAUCACAGCAAUGGUUCUUAUGCGUGUAAUUGCCUUUGUUUGUUUGGUAUUGCCUUAUAAUGCUUAUCGUACCUAUGCGACUAAUUUUCCUACAUCACGAAGUGUGCCUAUGGCAUAUGCAGUUGGUCGAUUGCUUCAAGCAAUUCUUCUGUCUAUCAACAAUAUAAAUUUUGUUAUCAACUUUUAUAUUUUCAUAUUGUUCUCGUCACGUUUUCGUCGUCAAGCAAAACUUGUUUUAGUAAAAAGAUGUUGGGAACGAUGGAAAUAUUGGUGUUGUCAGAUAAAUAAUCAAAUUGAACCUGAGAAUAGUAUUGCACCAUGCAAUUCACAAAUAGAAUCUGAAGAAAAUAUGUAA